AUGCCGGGCAGACCUUUUAUUGAGCUCACAAAUAUUGGUUCUGCGGGAAUGGUGGCUUCCUUGGCCGUCCCAGGUACCUGGUCGCCGACCUUCGUCCAGGCUAAUCGUGUACUUUUGAAUGGUGGCGACAUUCCCGUGGUCCCCGCCGUGGCCUACCACACGAUUGAGGUUAUGGGUCCAAAGUAUAUCUGUUAUUGA